UUUAAUUGCGCAGAAGAAGGCGUUCACAGAAGCAGCGGACGCGACCUCAGUCAAUUCUCACAUUUCCCCUUCCUCGUGCGCUUGCAUUGGCUUCCUCGCGAUCCUUCUGAGCUUGUGAUCACGAUCCUGAUCCUGAUCGUCUUCGUCUCUCUCGCUCGAGGCCGAGAUCUGAUUCGCGCUCUAUUAUUCGCAAUGGGAGACAGUCAGUACUCUUUCUCGCUCACCACCUUCAGCCCUUCCGGCAAGCUCGUACAGAUUGAGCACGCCCUAACGGCGGUGGGUUCUGGGCAGACGUCUCUGGGAAUUAAAGCUGCUAAUGGUGUUGUCAUUGCGACAGAGAAGAAGCUUCCCUCUAUAUUGGUUGAUGAAACUUCCGUUCAAAAGAUACAGUGCCUGACACCAAACAUCGGAGUUGUUUACAGUGGCAUGGGUCCAGAUUUUAGAGUCUUAGUUCGGAAAAGCAGGAAACAGGCAGAACAGUAUCACAGGUUAUAUAAGGAACCCAUACCCGUCACGCAACUAGUGAGGGAGACUGCAGCUGUCAUGCAGGAGUUUACUCAGUCGGGUGGUGUGAGGCCUUUUGGAGUAUCUCUUCUGGUUGCUGGAUUUGAUGAUAAUGGUCCUCAAUUGUAUCAGGUUGACCCAUCGGGUUCAUAUUUCUCGUGGAAAGCUUCAGCAAUGGGAAAAAAUGUUUCGAAUGCAAAGACAUUUCUUGAGAAGAGGUACACUGAUGAUAUGGAGCUUGAUGAUGCCGUUCACACAGCCAUUCUUACACUGAAGGAAGGAUUUGAAGGUCAAAUUUCAGGAAAGAACAUUGAAAUUGGAAUAAUUGGUACUGACAAGAAGUUCAGGGUGCUGACUUCAGCCGAAAUUGACGAUUAUUUGGCAGAAGUGGAGUAACUUGGUUCAUUCUUAUAUACCAGUGGAUGAGGUCCGGGUACAUCCUAUGGGUGGUUCUGUGCAUUUAGCAUGACAAGUACUGUAGCUUGGACAUUUAGGUUUCUACAAGUCAGAAAAGCCUAAUUGUAUUGGACAGAAGGUGGAUUUGUGUUCCAGUUCGAACAAUUGCAGCAAGUUAUGAGCACUAAACCUUUCUUCCUUUGGCCAGAACAUGAAAUCCACACUUUUUUAAGUUAAGAAAAUGUGCUGCUUAGAUUUGGAUCUUGCUGAA